UUCGGCUGCUCUUUGGCUUUGGCCCAAGCUGACUUUAUUGCCCGAUAAUUGGUUUUUCGAGCUCUCUUUUUGUUUUGAUUCGUCGCCGCUGAAAUCGAAAUCUGAAUAGAGCUAGCUGGACGUGGAAGUAAGAUAUGCAUGCUGGCUCGGAGAUUGAACCAAUUUAUUUCAAUUUCGCACUUGGACGGACGACGUUGUGUAAGCGGUCUCCCAAUUUCAGAUUCGAUCGUUCGAAAUGCGGCGCACAGAACUUGUCACCCUAUUAAUCUGCGUCCUGUGGCUAAGUGGUAAGUAUUCCGCUGGAUCCCUAAACAACGAAUGACUCAAGAAACGAACGUGCGUGGGGUGGGGGGUAAUUAAAGAACAGCCCGCUAAGUGGGUCAAGGUCGGCGGCUAGAAAUUCCCAGCGGCAAAGCGAAGGGCAACAAACCGCGCGAACGAUGGAAAACGGCGAACCAAAAAAGGGAUCACGGAGCCUCCGCCUGCCACUGCAUCCGCUUGGGAAAGUGUGGCAGCUUCACCCGCCUCCUGCUCCAUCACGGCCCCGGAGAGCAGUCCGCUGUGUUUGCCAAGGUGCACGACGCCAGUUGUGGCUUCCAAGGCCUCGAGCCGCUCGUCUGUUGCCCCACAUCUCGCAAACAAUACCACGAUGAGUCAUCUUCGGCAAAACCAAGCCGCAAGAUGCGUUUUGCACCGCCGGAUGAUCGUUGGAUUUGGGAUGAUGGGGGCGACAGCAGGGGCAGUAGGCACUCGCCCUCCCACUCGGAUUAUCUGGAAGCGGAAACAGAUCUGCACGACUACUGGAACUUCGAGGAGAAACGCAACUGCCCGCAGCCCGUGGAACCAGAGUUCUUUGACCGGCGAUUCGGAGGGAACCACCACUUCCUCUACAACGUAGACCACAGCAACCAGGACACGGCAUCACCGCGGCCCGCUCCCAAGGAUAAACCCAUCGUGUUUCCCGGAGAUCUGCGCUUCCUACGGGACGACCUAAUCUCUAACCUGAACCAAGGCCCUCCCCUGGCGCCGUUUACCACAACUUCAUUUAUGCCGAUUGCAACAAGUCCCGCUCCUCCAUCCACAAGCACCACAUCGUUACCCCCUAAUGACCCGGUAAGCCAAGAGAACUCUCCAGGAUGUGGGAUAAGUGUGGAGAGCAGACUGCUAGGAGGAGAACAGGCCGCUGCAGGGCAAUAUCCGUGGCUGGCGAGGAUCGCCUAUCGCAACCGAAGCAGCAGCCGCAUUAGCUUCCGCUGCUCCGGAUCCCUAAUCUCCAGCAACCACAUCGUUACUGCCGCCCAUUGUGUGGUCAAUUUGGUCAGCGACUUGGAACUAUCCCAUAUUCGAUUGGGGGAUCAAGAUGGCUCAACCCCCUUUGCCAUCGAGCGGGUAAUAGUGCAUCCUAACUUCGAUCAGCCUAGAUAUGCCAACGACAUUGCCCUCCUAAGAAUCAAUACCACGAAUGGAGCCUUUACACCCAUCUGCUUACCCUUGAACGGGUCAACCACCCUCGGGAACAGGCUGAUUGGACAAACGGGAGUUGCUGCCGGUUGGAGUACUGGGAAUCCGGAAAAUAAUGGGUCGACGGACUCCUCGAACUCUACCGCCGCAGUGCGCUUCAUCCGUUUGCCCAUAGUGAACACCACCAGCUGCGCCAUCGCCUAUGCUAGUCUCAGCGAAAACUUUCAGCAGCCCAUUGUCAUCACCCCAAACCACCUGUGCGCCCAGGGAAUGCCCAUGAACGACGUCUGCCGCGGUGACAGUGGAGGACCCUUCAUGGACGACGGAUCCUCCGGGAUUUUCGGAGCAAGUGGAGUCCACACGCUCAUUGGCAUCGUGGCCUUUGGACCCACGCUGUGCGGUGUAACCACCAUUCCGGGGGUCUAUACCCUGGUAAGCAGCUUCUCCGAUUGGAUGCUGCGGAGCAUCAGCGGAUGAACGGACCAGUGACAGAACCUAGCUCAUCCAAAGCUUUCAAUGCCAAAGUAAUCACACUACAUCCAAAUAAGAAAAGAUGAAUCAUGCAAUUUAUGGAUUAAUGAAAACAGUUCUGCUUCCUAUUUAGAUCAACACAACGCUAAUAAAUUUUACAUUUUUUGGUACAACUUAAAUUUGUAUUAUCCGAACUCCUGUGAAAAAUGUGGCUCAUAAUGUUCUUAGGUAACGAAAAGCUUAUGCACAUCCAAUUAGUUUCAUAAAAGUUAGCUGACUACCACCGCAUUGUAAAGGUGAAUAAAAUAUUUCCAAGAUUAAUUCGAUUAUGAAAGCAAUUAAUAUUGUCUAUGCUGAUUUGGACAUUUGUGAAAAUUGAGUGUUAUUUUUUUGCUUCAUUUUAUUUUUCAUUAUUUUACAAGCAUUGUAAAAGAUUCAGAUUAAACUUUCUAGGCACAUUUUCUUAGCGAAGUU